AUGCUCUGCUGUCUCACUUCUGCCGUGUCUGUGUUCUAGACCUCCCUCUCCAAGUGACGGAAAGUCUCAGGCCAGACAUGGGACCAUUGGAGGAAGCCAACAGCACCCUCACCAUGGAGAAGACAGUGUUAGAUGAGAAGCUGCCACAGGGCUGGCAUGCCAAGGACUUUGUCACUCCUGGACAAGAUCUCUCUGGUUCUCGCAGUGUUAUGAUGGACAGCACCAAGAUCCUGGGAGUCCAGGUUGUUCUGAUUGCUGCCUACUCCCUCAUCAUUCUGCUGGGGUUCAUUGGUAACUCCUUGGUCAUUUACAUCAUAGUGAAGUACAAGACCAUGAGGACAGUCACCAACUUCUUCAUAGCUAACCUGGCCCUGGCAGAUCUGAUGGUGGACACACUCUGUCUGCCUUUCACCCUAGUGUACACACUGCUGGAUGAGUGGAAGUUUGGAGCUGUUCUUUGUCAUCUGGUCCCUUAUGCUCAAGCUCUGAGUGUCCAUGUGUCCACUCUCACCCUAACUGUGAUUGCCCUGGAUAGGUACCGGUGCAUUGUUUUCCACCUGGACAGCAGGAUUUCCAAGAGGCUCAGCUUCACCAUCAUAGCUGUCAUGUGGCUAGCAGCAGCCAUCCUGGCAGGCCCUCUGGCCAUCUUCAGAGAGUACCGGUACGAGGAGAUCCCAUCCAUCAACCUCAAGAUGGCUGUCUGCUCAGAGAAGUGGCCUUCUGGUAACAACAGAGAUGCCACCAUCUACAGCCUCUCCAUGCUCCUGCUGCAGUAUGUUUGUCCUCUUGCCAUCAUUUGUUAUGCCUACACCAGGAUCUGGUUCAAGCUGAAAAACCACGUCAGUCCCACCUCUAGGAAUGAAAACCAGUGCCGGAGGAAGAAGACGACCAAAAUGCUGGUGAUGGUAGUUGUGGUGUUUGCAGUCUGUUGGCUCCCCUUCCACAUAUUCCAGCUCGCCAUUGAUCUUGAUCUGGUCCUUAUCUUCCAUGAGUACAAACUCCUGUACACUGUCUUCCACGUGGGGGCUAUGUGCUCCACGUUUGUUAACCCCCUGCUCUACGGCUGGAUGAACAAGAACUACCGGAACGGCUUCCUCAUGUUCUUUCGCUGCCAGAACAAGCCAGAAAGCAUCCACACUGAAGGCUCUGUCAGAGGGAGGUCCUACAUCUUCAGGGCCAACACCCUAAAUGGCAGCAUCAAACAGACUCCUGGUAACGAACCACUGCCCACAGAGGUGUAG